CCUCAUCGUCGUCGGAACCUCGCUUUCACAAGUUGUCCAUAUUCAGCAACUAAUGUAUCGCGCCGCCAUACCCUCUGCAGUCCCCAAAUACCUUCGAUGAUGUCUCCUGAUAGAGGCGACGGUGCCUGGUGGCAUCGAGUUCUGCAAGAACUGGCCAUUACGGUCCCUUUGAUGUUUGGGGGCUACUACAUCAUCAAAUAUGUCCUCACACAGAUGAACCUCGACCCCGAAGCGGAACAGAAGGAGCAAAAUCGCUUGCAGUCUGCCGCAAUACUACGACGACUAGACGAUCCCAACCAGAACCAACUCGCGAAACAACAACCAGGUGCGGACCGACCGCCCAGAGAGAAUUUACGCCUGUCUCAAUAUGAAGAAGUCAUUCUACAAGAGCUGGUGUUUCCCGAGGAUAUAUCUGUGUCCUUUGACGACAUUGGGGGUCUAUCGGAUAUCAUAGAGGAUCUAAGAGAGUCGGUGAUAUACCCUUUGACCUUACCAGAACUGUACUCUACGUCUUCCUCUCUGCUGGCGGCCCCUUCCGGUGUCCUCCUAUAUGGUCCUCCCGGUUGUGGCAAGACCAUGCUGGCCAAGGCGCUCGCGCACGAAAGCGGUGCAUGCUUCAUCAAUCUGCAUAUUUCGACCGUUACCAACAAAUGGUUUGGCGAUUCCAACAAACUGGUCAACGCAGUCUUCUCUCUAGCUCGCAAGCUGGAGCCGGUGAUUGUCUUUAUCGACGAAAUCGAUGCGGUCCUGGGUACGCGACAUAGUGGCGAACAUGAAGCAAGCGGCAUGGUCAAGGCCGAGUUCAUGACGCAUUGGGAUGGACUGGCUUCGGCCAACACUUCUGGUCGGCCGCAGCGAAUACUGAUCCUCGGGGCCACCAAUCGCCUCCAGGAUAUUGACGAUGCUAUUCUGCGGCGGAUGCCGAAAAAGUUCCCCAUCUCGCUGCCGAACGCCUCUCAGCGCCUCAAGAUCCUGAAGAUCAUACUUCGAGAUACCAAGCUGGACAAGGAAAAUCUCGAUUUGGAGUAUCUGUCCAGAGUGAUGGCGGGAAUGUCAGGAAGCGAUAUCAAGGAGGCUUGCCGAGAAGCAGCAAUGGUGCCUGUCCGUGAGAUGAUUCAGCGGCAGAGGGAAAGCGGGCAGCGCAUGGAGACCAUGAAAGCAGGAGAUGUGCGAGGUCUUCGCACAGUUGACUUCUUCUUGCGAGCGCGCGCGACCAAGGCCGGUCAGGAUGCAAGGCGAGACAAAGACGAAAGAGAAUGGAGCACCGAGUCGUCAUCCCCGAUCGUGGACGCCGUGGAGGAUGCAGCGGAAGAGCUUCACCAACCCGACUAACAGCCAUCGGUCUCAGUUUUUUCUCAGGUUGCGACCCCUGCCACUUGGCGCUUCUCAACAGAACGUGAGAUCAUCUCAGGUACGGGCGUAAUGGGCACUUUAGGUCUAGGCCAGAUGUUGUAAAUACAAGAAAUAGCACAACUUGGACUAGCUUUAUGCAGCACCACCGUAUGCACAAAGGCAUGGGAGACAAGGACACGAGGGGAGGCAAGGGCAGCUCGAAAAUCAACCGGAAGGCUUUUCCCACUUUGACUGGUGCAUGAAAUCAAAUCAAAUCAAAUCAGUCCGCGAGGAUGAUAUGCUUUUGGGUGUGUCGACUAGUAGCAUGAUAUUGUAGCGCAGCCCCCGGUACCCCGCAAAGAUCAAGUUACUGGCGGGUUUGGAGUGCG